AAUCUGACGAAGCGUUUCCAUUGGUUACAGGCUGCUGGUACCCAGGAAAGAGGAUGUAGCAUCUCCUGCGGUGGCUGCUUUGCAAACGGGGCAACUGUGAUGAAAGGGCGGCUGUUGUGCGGGGUAAUAUGGGGCAGAUAAUGGCCAUAUGAACGUGAAGGGGAUGAUUCACCGGCAGGUGAAACUGACCCAGAACUUGUACCAGAACAGGUUUCUCGGGCUUGCAGCCAUGGCCUCUCCAUCUCGUGCAUCUCAGGGCAGGCGGCGAUGUAAGGAGCCCAUUCGGCACAGCUUCAACCCUGAGCAGUUUCCUAACGUGGACUUCCAGAACGGCGUACCGGAAGACCUUGCGGCCGCCGUGCUGCGCUCCACCAGUGACACCGAUCUGGUGACGUCCCACUGCCGCUCCACCCUCACGGUCAGCACGUCCAGCUACACGAUCGGGCAGACGCAGGACAUCACCCUCAGCUGGGACAUUAAGGAGGAGGUGGACGCCGGAGACUGGAUUGGCAUGUACCUCAUUGAUGAAGUUUUGUCGGAGAACUUUCUGGACUACAAGAACAGAGGUGUCAACGGAUCUCACAGAGGUCAGAUCGUCUGGAAGAUUGAGGCCAGCUCCUACUUUGUAGAACCGGAGACUAAGAUCUGUUUUAAAUACUAUCAUGGCGUAAGCGGAGCUCUGCGGGCCACCACCCCGUGUGUGACAGUAAAGAACCCCACUGCACCGGUGUUUAAACCAUCAAACACGGAUGAUGUUCCUCAAAGCCAAGGCAGAAGAAGACUCAUCAGCUUCUCUCUCUCAGAUUUCCAGGCCACAGGGCUGAAGAAGGGAAUGUUUUUCAAUCCCGACCCCUACCUGAAGAUCGCCAUCCAUCCUGGCAAACACAGCAUUUUCCCUGCUCUGCCUCACCACGGCCAAGAGAAGAGAUCAGGCAUCGUCUGCAAUACCAUUAAUCCCGUUUGGCAAAGGGAGCGCUUCAACUUUGUGUCUCUGCCCACGGACGUGCUGGAGAUCGAGGUGAAGGACAAGUUUGCCAAAAGCCGACCCAUUAUAAAGCGCUUUCUGGGCAAGCUGUCCAUGCCAGUGCAGAGAUUACUGGAGAAGCAUGCCAUCGGUGACCGUGUGGUGAGCUACACCUUGGGUCGGAGGCUUCCGACAGAGCAAGUCAGCGGUCAGCUGCAGUUCAGAUUUGAAAUCACCUCUUCUAUCCAUCCAGACGAUGAGGACAUGUCUCUCAGCACAGAGCAGCCAGUGGUGGUGGAAGAUGCUCAAGUUCAACCCCAAGCAGAAGACACCAUGAGUUUGGAUCAGGGAGCUCCUGAGCUGCCACUGGACACAGACGCUGCUUCUCUAGAGAUGCAGAUGGAUGUGGAACCUGGGCCCAGUUGUGAACCAGAUGCAGACGCAGCUGAGAUAAAUCCUUUGGAGGCCGAGGAGCAGGCGCAAACAGAGCCAGAAGAGCAACAGGUGGAGAUAAUUGAAAGCCAGGAUGGUGCAGAUGAACAAAGAGCUUUGGAACAAAUGGAAGAAGGUGAGACACAGGUGGAGGAAGAAGAGAGGAACCCAGAAGAAGUGGAAACUGCUAGUGCCUUUGAUGAUGGACCUGUAGACCCCCCAGAAAACCCUGUUGUAGUUGAAGAAGACAAUUUGGACCCUGAGCAGGUCUCAGAAGAAGCAGAAUUGGAUCAAGAAGAAUGCUGUCCGCUGAGAAUCAGAACUACACCACGGCGGAAACCCCGGCCCUGUUCGCUUCCUGUUUCGGAGCUGGAGACGGUCAUCGCUUCGUCCUGCGGAGAACCCGAAACUCCACGGUCCCAUUACAUUCGAAUACACCACCUGCUGCACAGCCUUCCAUCCACAGAGCCUGGAGAACAGGGGGACACGGCCGAACCCGAGACCGACAGGCCACAGGGAGUUCAAGAGGAAGAUGAGGAAGAGGGUGCAACCCUGGAGGCUCACGCAUUAACUCCUAAUGGCCCGCGAAGGACGCUUCCUCGCAGUCGCUCGCACGAGCGCCUGUCGGAUCUCAUUCAGAUGCUCGAUGGAGAAGGCAAGCCACUCGGGGCUGAGGGCAAGGACGGAGGUCAAAGGUCACCGAGUGAAAGCGAGUGUGACUUGAGCCCAGUUCCCUGCUGCAGUCACAUGGCACAGAUGACCACAGGUCCCUUGCGGGCUCCGUCUCUAGAUAGCGCCCGUAGAUCGGAGAGCACUGUGUUUUCAUCCCAGGAUGAUGAUGAUGAGGAUGAGAUGGACAGGGUGAACGGCAUUGUGGGAUUGGAGGCUGAGACAGGACAGGGAGCUAAAAACCGAGAGUCGGGAGAUGGAAGCUGUCAGUGGGAGGAAGCACCUGACAGUCACGUGCAGAGCCCGCACAGCGUUAUGGGUAAUGGAGAACCAUCUGCAGCUGGACCAAGCAGCAGAAGAGACUGUCCUUUGCCUUGUAAUCACCCUGCAGUCAGUCAGUUACCCGCCCUGCGGCCGGACCCACAUCACUACCCCACCAUAGACGAACCGCUGCCUCCGAACUGGGAGGCGCGUAUCGACAGUCACGGCCGUGUGUUUUAUGUGGAUCACAUCAACCGGACCACCACCUGGCAACGGCCCACGUCUGCAGCCACGCCGGAUGGCCUGCGGAGGUCCGGUUCCGUCCAGCAGAUGGAGCAACUCAACAGGAGAUAUCAGACCAUCCAGAGGACCAUGGCCCCAGAGAGGAGAGAUGAGGAAUCUGGAAGCCCCCGUAAUGAGAGGACGACCAACGCUGAGACCGACUCGCCACCACAGCCAACCGAGUUGCGGAGAGACUCUCCCUGUUCUCCAGGUCACUGUCAGAAGGUCACACUUCUGCUUCAGAGUCCAGCGGUCAAGUUCAUCACUCACCCAGAAUUCUUCACUGUGCUUCACGCUAACUACGGGGCGUAUCGUAUGUUCACCAACAGCUCGUGUCUGAAACACAUGAUCCUGAAGAUCCGCCGUGACGCUCGCAACUUCGAGCGCUACCAGCACAACCGCGACCUUGUGACGUUCUUGAACCGCUUCGCGGAUGCCCAGCUGGAGCUGCCACGGGGCUGGGAGAUCAAAACGGACCCACAGGGGAAGUCUUUCUUUGUAGAUCACAACAGUCGUGCCACAACCUUCAUUGAUCCAAGAAUCCCACUGCAGAAUGGCCGACUGCCCAACCACCUGACUCAUCGCCAGCACCUGCAGAGACUGCGCAGCUACAGCGCAGGAGAGGCAUCCGAGGUGUCGCGCACGCGGGGAGGGGUGUCCUUGUUAGCCAGGCCUGGAAACAGCCUGGUAGCAGCCAUACGAAGCCAAAGCCAGCAGGAACCAGUCCCAUUAGCAUACAAUGACAAGAUUGUAGCCUUUCUACGCCAGCCCAACAUCUUUGAGGUGCUACAGGAGCGACAGCCGAGCCUUGCGAGAAACCCCUCGCUCAAGGAAAAGGUGCAUCACAUCCGGACUGAAGGCACUCAGAGACUGGAGAAACUCUCAUGUGAUGCUGACCUGGUCAUACUGUUGAGUUUGUUUGAGGAGGAGAUCAUGUCUCACGUUCCUCUCACGACGUUUCACCCUGGGUUUAGCUUUUCACCCCGGUGCUCCCCUGGUUCCUCCCCGCAGAACUCUCCAGGUACACAGAGAGCUCGUGCACCAGCACCGUACCGCAGAGACUUUGAAGCCAAACUUCGCAAUUUCUACAGGAAACUGGAGGCGAAGGGCUACGGGCAGGGCCCGGGCAAAAUCAAACUGAUUGUCAGAAGAGAUCAUUUGUUGGAAGGAACAUUUAAUCAGGUCAUGGCAUACUCACGUAAAGAGCUUCAGAGGAACAAGCUUUACAUCACCUUUGUUGGAGAAGAAGGGCUGGAUUAUAGUGGACCAUCGCGAGAGUUCUUCUUCCUGUUGUCUCAAGAGCUGUUUAACCCUUACUACGGCCUGUUCGAGUACUCCGCCAACGACACGUACACGGUCCAGAUCAGUCCCAUGUCUGCGUUUGUGGAGAACCAUUUAGAAUGGUUCCGGUUCAGUGGUCGGAUUCUCGGCCUGGCGUUGAUACAUCAGUAUUUGUUGGACGCCUUCUUCACCCGCCCGUUUUAUAAAGCUCUCCUAAGACUAGCCACAGAUCUCAGUGAUUUGGAGUAUCUGGAUGAAGAGUUUCACCAGAGCUUACAGUGGAUGAAGGAUAAUGACAUCACAGAUGUGCUGGACCUGACUUUCACUGUCAAUGAAGAAGUAUUCGGCCAGGUGACGGAGCGAGAGCUAAAGUCGGGUGGGUCACAUGUGCAGGUAACAGAGAAGAAUAAGAAGGAAUAUAUUGAGCGUAUGGUGAAGUGGAGGGUGGAGAGAGGUGUGGUCCAGCAGACACAAGCUAUGGUCAGAGGCUUUUAUGAGGUGGUGGACUCUCGUCUGGUGUCAGUGUUUGAUGCCAGAGAGCUGGAGCUGGUCAUUGCUGGAACAGCAGAGAUUGAUUUAAAUGACUGGAGAAACAACACCGAGUACAGAGGAGGUUAUCAUGACGGGCACAUUGUCAUCCGCUGGUUUUGGGGAGCCGUAGAGCGCUUCAAUAAUGAACAGAGACUUCGACUGCUGCAGUUCGUGACGGGCACCUCCAGCGUACCGUACGAGGGCUUCACCGCCCUGCGUGGGAGCAACGGCCUGCGACGCUUCUGCAUCGAGAAGUGGGGCAAGAUCACAUCCCUGCCAAGGGCUCACACGUGCUUCAAUCGUCUGGAUCUUCCUCCCUAUCCGUCCUACACGAUGUUGUAUGAGAAACUUUUAAUCGCUGUUGAAGAGACCAGCACUUUUGGCCUUGAAUAAGGAGUUCACGCGUUCAAACCUUUAUUCCGGUGACCCGUCCGUGUUCACCGUAUGUAAUUAUCCGCUAGCGUCUCCUUCGUGUCUUGGGCUCGUUCUGAACAGCACUGCAUGCAAAAGCCACCUGCGCAGGUGGACGACGCGUAACGGGUUUGUACAAAUGAUGCUUUGUAUGCAAUAGCGAAAGAGAAGCCUUCAAUUUGCUUCAACACUCAGGGCCUCGACUUCCGCUGGAGUCUCUCGACUCGCUCGUGGCAGCCGCUAUUUCUGUUAUUGCUGUUUUACAAAAAAAAUAAGUUAUACCAAAAACACCUACAAAAAACAAUAGAGUUGCCAUAAUCUCACGGAGCACCACGGCACACACCGAAGACGCCAUCAUCACAGGAAAUGACAUCAUGAAAUCAAGUCACUUUGCAGGAGUAAAUGGAGGACUGUAACACAAGGAGAUACGGCAGGCCGAAACCUCACUUUUACACUUUUAUUUGUUUUGCACUAAUCAGUAUGCUGUGAAUGGAUUUUUUUUAAACAUUCAUUUUGUAUCUCUUUCUUAUGUAAGCUCUUGAAAAUAGAUCACUGGAACUGUGGCAGGAUGUUUAAGGCUUCAUGUUGAUAUUUUUGACAUUUUUGUAUGUUUUACAACACACAUAUACUAACACAAAAAUCUGUAUGAUUUACAAGGUUGGGAUGCGAGAGGAGGACAAGAUUUAUCACUUUGUCGAAUUAAUACAUUAAGGUAUGAUAUAAAGAGUCAUUCACACUGACAGCAAUUUACAGCAUCAGAACCACUACAGGUCCUUCAUUUUUUCAACGAGAGUUGAUGAUGAAGUCACUUAAACGACAGACGCACUAACAAAACCGUCCAUUUCUAUUAUGCUGUGUACACACCAAAGCAGAUUACUCACAGGAUUUAACUUUGUGUCAUGCUAAUUUUUCGCUUGAGAAAACGCGUUUGAGGGGGAAUAGUGCAUGUUUUCACAGCAAUCGCGCAGCCAAUUCGCAUCUAUUAACGUCUUUAGAUUGAAUUUGUAAGUAAUCUACUCGUACAAAUCGUUGAAUUCGCGUUUGCCCCGUAAUGUGUGGUUUUUUUGGCAAUCGCGCCGCCCAAUUUGCGUCAUUCGCAUCGGCCCACGCUAGUUUGUAACUUUUGCCAGCUUUAGAUUGACUUUGUAUGUAAUCUACUCACGCAAAUCGUUGAAUUCGCGCUUGGUGUGUUUACCCCAUAAAGCAUGUUUUUGUGGCAAAUGUGGCACCCAAUUUGCCUCAUUCGCAUCGGCCCACGCGAGUUUGUGUCUUUUGCCACUUUAGAUUGACUUACUAUGUAAUCUACUCACUAGGAAUGUGCAUUUAUGUCAUUUUUUUUCAUUUCGAUUAAUCCAUAGGUCUGAAGAACGAGUAAUCGAUUAACUGGGGGCGGGGCAAUCAAAUGGGCGGGGCAGACACAUCAUGGUGAAAAUGAAAAUAUUUUUAUUAAAAACACUCAAAUAAAACUUAAUUUCCAAGAAACUAUGACAGAACAAUGAACACAUACUAGAUUUUUAAAGAAUUAAAUAUUUUUAACAGAAACCUCUAACAGGAAAAGCUGCUUGAUGAAGUGAAACUAAAGGGUUAAUAAACACAAACCGAAGCGCUUUCUAUAUGACGCACUACAUAAUAUUAAGCCUUUAUACAACAUAAAUGUACAACGUGCAUCUAUCUGCAUAAAAUGCAAGACUUCAACUAAGUUUUCAACUAAGUUAUCUAAAAAAAAGAAAGUUUUACUCCCUUUGUGGAUGUGCAUCAUAAACAGCACACUUUUAAACAGAUCCAGUCAAAGUUCAAGCUUCAUAACAUUAAGCAGCUUUAAGUGUUUUGCUAUCAUUUAAGCGUUUAGCUGUGUCGUGUCGUCCUCUUACCUCAGUCAAGAUGUAAUGUUAAUGCUCGUAUGGCUCUCUGGUAUCUCUUGACAUUUGAUGAUUAAAUAUGAGAUCAUAACCCAUUGAACUUUUGAAUUAUCUGUUUGUUUUUGAAUCAGACAUGGUAAUGUAACUGAUGUCAUACUCCGGUCUGCGUAGCUCAACACGACGUCAAACACGCAUCUCCAGACCCAGUCUUUACUACCACAUGCGCUUGUAAUGCUAACCAGACAUCCAAAUGCCGCCAUAUCCACAAUAAAUAAAUAAAUAAACCCACAUGAUCAUCGUUUUCGUGAACGAACAUCGAUGCCACGUUCGAGUACUCGAGCAAUCGAGUACUCGUGCCAUCCCUAUUAUUCACGCAAAUCGUUGAAUUUGCAUCUGGUGUGUUUGCCCCAUAACACGUGUUUUUGUGGCAAAUGCGGCACCCAAUUUGCGUCAUUUGCGUCACCUCGCGUGAGUUCGCGUCUAUUGCAGUCUUUAGAUUGACUUUCUAUGUAAUCUACUCAACGCAAAUUAUUAAAUUCGCAUUUAGUUUGUUUGCUACAUAACGCGUGUUUUCGUGGCAAUCACGGCGCCCAAUUUGCCUCAUUCGCAUCACCCUGCUUGAGUCACCCUGCUUCGGGUCUUUUCAUUGACUUUCUAUGUAAUCUACUAAUGCAAAUCGUUUAAUUCGCAUUUGGUGUUUUUGCCCCAUAACGCGUGCUUUCGUGGCAAAUGCGGCGGCCAAUUUGCCUCAUUCGCAUCGCCCCGCACAAGUUUGCGUCUUUUGCAGUAUUUAAAUUGACUUUCUAUGUAAUCUACUUGCGUGAAUCGUUUAAUUCGCGUUUGGUGUUUACGCCCCAUAACGUGUUUUCCUGGCAAUCGCGCUGCCCAAUUUGCAUCAUUUGAAACACUGCACAUGAGUUUGCGUCUUUUGCAGUAUUUAAAUUGACUUUCUAUGUAAUCUACUUGUGCGAAUCAUUUAAUUCGCGUUUGGUGUUUACGCCCCAUAACGUGUUUUCUUGGCAAUCGCGCUGCCCAAUUUGCAUCAUUUGAAACACUGCACGUGAGUUUGCAUCUUUUGCUGCCUUUAUAUUGACUUUGUAUGUAAUCUACUCACGCAAAUCUUUGAAAUCACAUUUGAUGUGUACGCCCCAUAAAGUGUUUUCGCGGCAAUCGCAGCGCCCAAUUUGCGUCAUUUGCAUCACCCUGCUUGAGUCACCCUGCUUCGGGUCUUUCUCACGCAAUCUACUCACGCAAAUCGUUUAAUUCGUAUUCGUAUUGUGUGUUUGUCCUGAAAACUCGUGUUUUUUGGUAACAGCGCUUUCCCAAUUUACGUCAUUUGCAAUGCCCCACGCCAGUUUGCCUCUUUUGCCGUUUUUAGAUUGACUUUUUAUGUAAUCUACUCGUGCAAAUCGUUGAAUUCGCAUUUGGUGUGUACACCCCAUUAGACAGCAGUAUCCAACUGGGUCACAUCAGUUGCUGCUAAUUGCAGUCAGUGUGAACACCAUAAGAGUCGAUUUAGCUUUUAAAUGUUCUUACAUUUUUUUCUUUAUGACUGUGAUGAGGGAUUUUAAGAAAUUGCAGACCAAAUAGUGCACCUCACUCAUUUAUUUAUACACAAAGGAAAUUGUAUCAGAGUGUCUAUUGAUAGCUAGAUUUCACUGGUGAAAUGUUUGUUUACAUUUUAGGAUGGCGUGAAUGUGCAUUAUACAUAAAGAUUGCAAGAAUUGUCUUAACAUGACAUAAUGCAUGCAUUUCUGAAUCCCAAACCUUUAUGACUUUCUUCUGUGGAAUAUAAAAGCAGUUGGUCGGGAAGUUCAUUUGCCUUCUAUUACUAAAAUCCAUAGAUAGAAACAUUACAUAUUUCCAUUUCCAGUCAUGGGAAUAAUGGCGUUAUAAAUUAACGGCACUACUAACGGCAUUGCUUUUUUCAGUACAAGUAAUCAAACAAAUGACUGUUUCCCCCAUUAUAACACCAUUAUAACAUUACUGUCAAUAAAAUGCUGCACAUUACUAUAAUUGAGCUUACUGAAGCGGUUUUCAUCUGAGUAAACAGUUUAUGCUUCAUAUUCAUAUUUUUGGAGCUCAACAGUGUCUGUCCCCUUUUACUUUCACUAUUUAGAAAUAAGCAACAUUUUGCUUAAAGGGGGCUUGUCACAAGACUUUUUAAAGAUGUAAAAUAAAUCUUUGGUGUCCCCAGAGUACAUAUGUGAAGUUUUAGCUCAAAAUAUCCCAUAGAUAAUUUAUUAUAACAUGUUAAAAUUUCCACUUUAUAUGUGUGAGCAAAAAUGUGUCGAAUGGGGUGUGUCCUUUAAAAUGCAAAUGAGCUGAUGAAAUGCAAACACUGAUCGCAAUUAUAGUGGUUUGUUGCAAUUGAAACUCAAUUGUGCUGUCAAUUUUUUUCUAUCUCUCUCUGCACUAAAUGUCAGUGCUGUGGUUGGAUAGUGAAGAUUAAGUAUUAUCCCCUUCUGACAUCACAAGGGGAGCCACAUUUCAAUGACCUAUUUUUUACAUGCUUACAGAGAAUGGUUUACCAAAACUAAAGAAGCACUGGGGACUCAGUUAUAGCACUUAAACAUUGAAGAAGUCAGAUUUUUACGCUAUGACCCCUUUAAUAUCACAUUUUAUGUUCAACAGAAGAAAAAGUCUUACAGGUUUGGAUUAACAUCAGUAAAUAGAGAAGUACGUUUUCUUUUUAGGGUGAAUUAUUUAAAAAACAAUUGGUUCAUCUUAAAGGUGUAAUUCUGCUAAAAGAAAAUCAAUUGCAGCUCAAACUGUUUUCUUUUUUUGCAAUUGAAUCUUUUGCUCUGCUUAGAAUUGUAGAGAAAAUGCAUAUUUGUCUUAAUGACCUGUAUUCAAUUAAUGUAUAGCGAAUAUGUACAUAUUUAAUGAAACAGUCUGUGUAAAAUCUAAAUUUUAAAACUAUGAAUCAAGAGCCAACAGUUCCUUUGUUAUACAUUUCUUCAUAUUACUAUUUACAAAGUCAUAGUUUAAAUAUGAGUAUAUGUAUAUGAAAUGUAUAUUACUAUGCAUAUAUGUUUGGUAUGAAGAGGAAAGCUUUUGAUGAAGGUCUUUUCUGCAUUUAUGACACAAGGUGACAGAAAUAAAGAGAAAGGUCUGGAUCAUACUGCCUUUAUUACAAACAUCCGAAUCACGGCAUACUGGGAAGGCAGAUAGAAUUGGCUCCUGCUUUCACCUCACGUACACUAGCCUGCUUAUGUCUUUUUACACUGUAACCUGUCUCUGUGAAAGUAAAUAAGGGAGAAAUGUGUGAAAAUGGUUUAAAUUGUGUAUCGAGGUCAUUGUUAGCGCCUCCCUCAGGCUGAGCUCUGUAUCUACACUGUUAACCAAUGUCAAUAAACAAUCACUUUCUAUUGCACUGCC